CGGCUGUCUGGCAAUAACCGAGAAACUAAAAUCAACCACGGGGCGGCUCCAAUGCCGGUUUACUUUAUUUCUUCAUAAAAUUAUUUCAUAAAUAUUUAAUAUUCAUUGUGUUGUUUGUUGUAUUUUAUAUAUAUAUUUAAUAGUCAUUAUUAAUUGUUAAAUUAUUAUUUAAUUUGUGACUUGUGAUAAUUUUUAACUUGGGGUGGUUUUUAAAUAUUUGGAAAAGUAUCCCAAGGGGACUUUUCCUUCAUCAUGGUCACGGACACCACUACUGGUCAGUCCGAUGACACCACGGCAUUUCUUCGGGCAGCUCGAUCAGGAAAUCUUGAAAAAGUCGUAGAAUAUCUUGAUAAAAGUCUCGACAUCAACACAGCCAACUCGAAUGGAUUAAAUGCUUUGCAUUUAGCCUCGAAGGAUGGUCAUGUUGAAAUUGUAACUGAAUUGUUAAAAAGAGGUGCUAAAGUUGAUGCUGCUACUAAAAAAGGGAACACAGCGUUACACAUCGCUUCGUUAGCUGGACAAUCGGAAAUUGUUAAUAUUUUAAUACAAUACGGUGCUGCUGUUAAUAUUCAAUCACAAAAUGGAUUUACACCUCUUUACAUGGCAGCCCAAGAAAAUCAUGAUCAAGUUGUUAAACUUCUACUCUCGAAUGGAGCCAAUCAAACUCUAGCAACUGAGGAUGGUUUUACUCCUCUCGCUGUUGCAAUGCAACAGGGACAUGAUAAAGUUGUUAGUGUAUUACUUGAAAAUGACUCAAAAGGAAAAGUCAGAUUACCAGCACUUCAUAUUGCUGCUAAAAAAGAUGAUUGUAAAGCUGCUGAUUUACUUUUGCAGAACGAUCACAAACCCGACGUGACAUCAAAAAGUGGAUUUACUCCACUUCAUAUUGCUGCCCAUUAUGGCAACGAAGAAAUUGGACGUUUACUUAUAAAAAAAGGUGCUGAUGUCAACUACUUGGCAAAGCACAACAUUAGCCCAUUGCAUGUUGCUGCCAAGUGGGGCAAGAAUAAUAUGGUCAAGUUGUUAUUGGAAAAUUCAUCAAUGAUCGAUGCUAAAACAAGAGACGGCUUAACACCACUUCAUUGUGCUGCAAGAUCAGGUCAUGAAGAGGUUGUAUCAACACUACUUGAACAAUCAGCACCAAUAAGUGCAAGAACAAAGAAUGGAUUGGCACCACUUCAUAUGGCAUCACAAGGUGAUCAUGUUGAAGCUGCUCGAGUAUUGCUGUAUCAUCGUGCACCAGUUGAUGAAGUUACUAUUGAUUAUUUAACAUCACUUCAUGUUGCUGCCCACUGUGGACAUGUACGUGUUGCCAAGUUAUUACUUGAUAGAAAAGCUGAUCCAAAUGCACGUGCAUUAAAUGGCUUUACACCACUUCAUAUUGCUUGUAAAAAAAAUCGUAUUAAAGUUGUUGAAUUAUUAUUAAAACAUGGAGCAUCAAUUGAAUCAACAACUGAGUCUGGACUUACACCACUUCAUGUUGCUAGUUUUAUGGGUUGUAUGAAUAUUGUUAUAUUUCUUCUUCAACAUGAGGCUAAUCCUGAUGUACCAACUGUUCGUGGUGAGACACCAUUACAUCUUGCUGCUCGAGCAAAUCAAACUGAUAUUAUUAGAAUAUUAUUAAGAAAUGGUGCUAAAGUUGAUGCUCGUGCAAGGGAAGAACAAACUCCUUUGCAUAUUGCUUCACGUUUGGGAAAUGUUGAUAUUGUCAUGUUGUUGUUGCAACAUGGUGCUGCUGUUGAUACAACAACCAAAGACAUGUACACUGCUUUACAUAUUGCUGCCAAAGAAGGACAAGAAGAGGUUGCUGCUAUUCUUGUUGAAAAUAAAGCAUCAGUUACAGCAACAACUAAAAAUGGAUUUACACCACUUCAUAUUGCAGCAAAAUAUGGAAAUAUGAAUGUUGCUAAAAUUUUAUUACAAAAAGAUAGUAAACUUGAUGCUCAAGGAAAGAAUAAUAUAACGCCACUUCAUUUAGCGUGUCACUAUGAUCAUCCAGAAGUAGCAACAAUGAUUUUAGAAAAAGGUGCAUCACCUCAUUUGUCAUCACAAAAUGGUCAUACUCCUCUUCAUAUUGCUGCACGAAAAAAUCAAAUGGAAAUAGCAUCAACAUUAUUGGAACACGGUGCAAAUCCAAAUACAGAAUCAAAAGCUGGUUUUACACCACUUCAAUUGAGUGCACAAAAAGGUCAUUAUGAUAUGACAAAUUUAUUAAUUGAACAUGGUGCAAAUGCAAAUCACAAAUCAAAAAGUGGAUUAACUGCUUUACAUAUGUGUGCACAAGAAGAUUUUAUACGUGUUGCAUCUGUUCUUGUUAAAAAUAAUGCAAAUGUUGAAUCUGAAACUGAAACUGGUUAUCGUCCAAUACAUGUUGCUGCACAUUUUGGUAAUUUAUCAAUGAUAAAAUUUUUAUUAAAACAUAAUGCACAAAUUGACGUUGGUACUAGUCAUAAUUAUACACCACUACAUCAAGCAGCACAACAAGGACAUGCUCAUAUUGCAACAGCAUUAUUAGAAGGUAAUGCUAAACAUAAUGCAAGAACAAAUGAUGGUUUAACUGCCCUAAAUAUUGCACAAAAAUUGGGUUACAUAUCUGUUAUGGAAGUAUUAAAAGGUUUAAAGUAUGAUGAACAAACACCAGACAACAAAUACUGGGAAGAAAAAUAUAAAGUUAUUGCACCAGAAUCUAUACAAGAAUCAAGUUUUAUGUCUGAUUCAGAUGAUGAAGGUGGAUCAGAUGCAUUAAUAAAUGAACAACCAUAUCGUUAUUUAACUGCUGAUUUAAUGAAAAGUUUACGUGAUGAUUCAUUACCAAUUGAUGUUACACGUGAUGAUCCAGUACAUCGUCCAGUAACAAAAGUUGAAAUAAAAGAAUUUACACAAAGUAAUAAUUAUUGUCUUGCUGAAAAUUUUGAUUCAACUGAUGCUAUUAAUGUUGGAAGAUUAAAUAUUAAAUCAUUUCUUGUUAGUUUUUUGGUUGAUGCACGUGGUGGUGCUAUGAAAGGUUGUCGUCAUAGUGGUAUUAAAAUAUUAAUACCACCAAGACGUGCAACAAUGCCAAUACGUAUAACAUGUAGAUUAAUUAAAUCAAAUAAAUUAACAAAUCCACCAGUUUUAAUGGAAGGUGAAGCAUUAGCAACGAGAAUUAUUGAAAUGGGUCCAUCUGGUGCAUCAUUUCUUGGUCCAGUAUUAAUUGAUGUACCACAUUUUGCAGCAAUACAAGGAAAAGAUAGAGAAAUAAUAAUAUUACGUAGUGAUAAUGGUGAAAAUUGGAAAGAACAUGAUAAUACACAUGAAAAUGAUGAUGCAUUAUUUAAUUUAGCACCAGAUUUACAAAUGAAUUCAAUAUAUUUGGGAAGAAUAACACGAAUAAUAACAACUGAAUUUCCACAAUAUUUUGCAAUAAUAACAAGAAUUAAACAAGAAGUACAUGUCAUUGGUUCUGAUGGUGGUAUAUUAAUAUCAAGUGUUGCUAAUCAUGUGCAAGCUGUAUUUCCACCUGGUGCAUUAACUAAAAAAAUUAAAGUUGGAUUACAAGCACAUGUUAUACCAGCUGAAUUAACAGCAAAAUUACUUGGUAAUUGUGUUGCUGUAUCACCAGUUAUAACUAUUGAACCAAGACGACGUAAAUUUCAUAAACCAAUAACACUAACAAUACCAGUACCACAAGCAGCAAAUAAAGGAAUGAUAAAUAAUUAUGCUGGUGAAACACCAACAUUACGUUUGCUAUGUAGUAUUGCUGGUGGAACAAGUGAAGCACAAUGGGAAGAUGUUACUGGUUCAACACCUUUAACAUUUUUAAAUGAUCGUGUGUCAUUUACAACAACAGUAUCAGCAAGAUUUUGGCUAAUGGAUUGUCGUAAUAUUAGUGAAGUACCUAAAAUGGCAACUGAACUUUAUAAAGAAUCAUUAUUUGUUCCAUUUAUAACUAAUUUUAUUAUUUAUACAAAACGUAUGGAUAUACUUGAGGCAACACUGAGAAUACUUUGUAUGACUGAUGGAAAAGAAACAAUGCAUACAUUAGAAAGACAAGAAGAAUUUUUAGAAAUUGUUAAAAGUCGAGAUGUUGAAGCACUUGAUGGAAAAGAUCUUUAUAUUGAAUUUAGUGGUAAUUUAGUACCUGUUACAAAAUCCGGCCAACAAUUAAAAUUUACAUUCAAAGCAUUUCGUCAAAAUAGAUUGUCAUUCAAUGUCAAAGUACGAGAUCCACUUUUGGAUCCAGUUGCACGAAUGAUGUUCAUGAAAGAUCCAAAAGUUGCCAAGGGAGAAGCACCACAACAGCCAAUUUGUGUAUUAAAUAUUGUUUUACCAGAGGAAAUAUCAUCAAAAACAGAAUCAGAUCUUCGACAAAAAGAGUUAGAUCUCAACCUCAUUACCAAAAUGGACAUUUACAAAUCUACUUACAUGAGGGACUAUGGCGAAAAACGAGACAUACCAAAACCCACAUCACCUCAUGAAAAGAAAAUCAUAAUAGAUAUUUUACAAAAUGAACAAACAGAUGCCGAAUCUUUUGAUAAAAAAUUGGCUUGUACCCUAGAAUCCGUAGAUGCUAGUUAUCCCAAUGAUUUGAGUACACAAGAAGCAAUGUCACCAGAACUUGAACGUCAAACAUAUUCAGAAAAGCGUAGAUUUUGGGAAGACAUUACAAAAAAACGCGACAGUUAUCAACUUUCCGAGUCAGAGCUAUCACGUGCAUCACAAAUAACAGUCAAUGAAAGUGACAGUGAAUAUUUGCACAGUAUUGUAUCUGAAGGUGAGGAAAUGGAAGCAAUGCCUGAGAGAUCAGAGACACUUGAAGACUUGAAUAUUCCUGAUAUAUCAGAGUGUACUGUUGCUGAAAAAGCACACUAUUUUGAAGAACAAAUACAAAAAGAAUUAUCAGCUGCAUCAGCAAAAGCUUUGACAAAAAUAACGUCACAAGAAUCAUUUAGAGAAAGAAGAAAAAGUUCAAUUGAUGCAGCACAAUUACUUGAAGAGUAUCCAACGUCAAAUGAUAUGAAAACUACUAAAAUUGAUUUAGUUGUUGAAAAUAAAAUUGAAAAAAUUGAGGGAACAAGUGGUGAAAAGGUUUGGGAACAAACAAAAGUAACUGAAAAAAUAGAAAUUACAGGUGAUGGUAAGCCAACAAUGAUUCCGAGAAAAAUAAUAUCAGAGGAAAAAAUUAUUACUCAAGUAUCGAGUGACAUAAAAAGACCUGUAACAGCUCCAAGAACAUUAAAACCAGAAACUAGUGGUGAAUCAGUUAAACAGGAACAAGAAAAUGCUGUUAAUGAAAAAAAAGAGACAAAAGUAUUAAAAAGCGAAAUUAAUAAAAUUGAUUUUGUUAAAGAUAAAAAUAUUUCCGCUGAUUUUAUAGCUUCAGAAUCAAAGUUUAGUCAAGAAGAGAUAACGAGUGUCACGGAAAUUAUGAAAAAAGAAAAUUUAAUUGAAGAAAAAAAUUCUAAUGAGUCUACACUGCCAGAAAUAAAAAUUAAUAAAGAUAAUUUUAAUGAAGAUAAAAAUAUUUGUUCAAAGUUAUUAGAGUCAGAGUCAAACUUUAGUCAAAAAGAAAUAACAAGUGUUUCUGAAAUAAAAAAUAAAGAAUUAAUUGAAACAAAAAUUACCAAUGAGCCAAAAGUGCCUUCAAUGAUUCCAGUUAAAACAAAAGCUGAGCAUAUCAAUAAAUUUGAUUUGAAAAAAGAAUCGAAAAUUCCAGUUCCACCAGUAAAAAUUGAAUCUUCAACUUCAGUAGAAAAAAAUUUACCACAUUCACCAAAAGAAGCCACUAAAAUACCAAAUUUAUCAGAGCAAAAAGCUGAAAAAGUUAUUUGUGAUUUACCAAAAAAAGAAGAAAAAAUAGCAACUGAUUCUGUAAGUUUCCCUAAAGAGACAGCUGAUCUGAAGAAAGAACCAUUUGAUUCAAUGAAAAAAGAUUCGAAAAUUCCAUUAUUUGAACGUGAAUCAUCAGAUUUGUCGAAUAAAAAUUUAAUUAAAAAAGAAACAAAAAUACCAGAACCAUCUACAAAGGCUAUCGACAAAUCUGAAUUAAAAAAAGAAGAAGUAGAAAUUAAAACAACGUCAUCAAUUACACAAGACUCAUCGGAUAAUUUGGAAAAAAAAUUAGAUACGUCUACAGUUGUUUUGAGUCCUCCAGCAACACCAGUACUCAAACGAGAACCCUCUGAUUUAUUAAAAAAAGAUUCUAAAAUUCCUGUAUUAAAACGUGAGGCUUCGGAUUUGACAAAAAAAGAAUCAACGAGUCCAAAAGAAGUAACAAAAAAAGAAGAAGUCAUGACUGAAAUUAAACAGGAAAUUUCAUUAGUCAAAAAAGAAAUAGUGGAAGUGGUAAAAAAAGAAACAAAAGAAGCUGUUCUAACUAAUUUACCUGAAUUUAAAAGAGAAUCUUCUGAUUUAUCGAAAAAAGAUUCCAAGAUUCCUGUACUAAAACGUGAGCCAUCAGAUGUGACAAAGAAAGAACCAUUGACUUUGAGUUCUCCAAUUGCCAAAGAAAUACCGGGCAUUAAGCGAGAACCUUCAGAUUUAUCAAAGAAAGAUUCAAAAAUUCCUGUAUUAAAACGAGAACCUUCUGAUUUAAUAAAAAAAGAAACAACAACUCCUGGAUCUCCCGUUGCCAAGGAAAUUCUUGGAUUAAGAAGAGAGCCAUCAGAUUUAUCAAAACAGGACACGAAAAUUCCAACAUUAAAACGAGAGCCAUCUGAUUUAUCUAAGAAAAAAUCCACUCCUGGUUCUCCAAUUUCUAAGGAAAUUCCUGGAUUAAAAAGAGAGCCAUCAGAUUUAUCAAAACAAGACACAAAAAUUCCAACAUUAAAACGUGAACCGUCGGAUCUUACAAAGAAAAAAUCCACUCCUGGUUCUCCAAUUUCUAAGGAAAUUCCUGGAUUAAGAAGAGAACCAUCAGAUUUAUCAAAACAAGACACAAAAAUUCCAACAUUAAAACGUGAACCGUCGGAUCUUACAAAGAAAAAAUCAUCAGCUCCUGGUUCUCCAAUUUCUAAGGAAAUUCCUGGAUUAAGAAGAGAGCCAUCAGAUUUAUCAAAACAAGACACGAAAAUUCCAACAUUAAAACGAGAACCGUCAGAUCUUUCAAAGAAAAAAUCAUCAACUCCUGGUUCUCCAAUUGCAAGAGAAACUCCAGGAUUAAAACGAGAGCCUUCAGAUUUAUCAAAGAAAGACUCGAAAAUUCCUAUUUUUAAACGAGAACCAUCAGAUUUGACAAAGAAAGACUCAGCAUCAGGGGCAUCAAGUCCUAAAGAGAUGCCUGGACUCCGACGAGAGCCAUCCGAUUUAUCAAAACAAGAUACAAAAAUUCCUACUUUAAAACGAGAGCCCUCAGACUUAUCAAAAAAAGAUUCAAAAAUACCAGCGAUGAAACGUGAAGGAUCGGAUUUAUCAAAGAAAGACUCAAGAAUUCCGACUUUUAAACGUGAGCCUUCAGAUUUAACAAAAAAAGAUUCAACAAAAAUUCAAAGUCCCUCUGGCAUUCAAGGUCCAUCAUUACUAAAACGAGAACCAUCUGAUUUGACUAAGAAAGACUCGAAAAUACCAUCAAUGAAGCGUGAAACAUCUGAUUUAUCAAAAAAAGAUUCUAAGAUUCCUACAUUAAAACGUGAACCAUCUGAUUUAUCCAAAAAAGAUUCAAAAAUACCAUCAAUGAAACGUGAGGGGUCUGAUUUAUCAAAGAAAGAUUCAAAAAUACCAGUUUUUAAGCGUGAACCUUCGGAUUUAUCAGAAAAAGAUUUAUCAAAAGAAUCAAAAAUCCCAUCACGUCGAGAAUCCCUGACGAAAACCGACAAAGAUAAGCAAGCCAAGCCAAAAAUAGAAUCGAAAAUUCCCAAGAUGAAAUUUGGUGAAUCAGGACCAUCAAAAUCACUUGAAAAAACUGGAAAAAAUGAAACGUCUAUUACAGCAACAAAAAUAACUGAAAAAAAAUCUGAACAUAUUGAAACAACAAUGUCAGAAAAAAAAACUCAAUCACAAACAAUAACAAAAACAUUUACCGAUCCAGUUGAAGCAUUAAAAGAAUUUGAGGAAAUGGAACGUCUAUUUAAUGCAGCACCUGGUGUAACAACAUCAAAAAUUGAUCACGAAGAAUCAAAGCUUCUUGAGAAAAAAGAAAUAAUAUCAUCAGAAAUAUCUCGUGGUGAUGAAAAAAUUUUAAAAGUACAAGAAAAAGACCAAAAGUUAGAAGAAAAAAAAAUAGAAUCAAUUUGUAAAAAAGAAACUGAUGAUGAAAUAGUUGAAGAUAAACUUUCCAGUCAAAAAAUAAGUGAUAAAAAUCAGACACAAAAUAUAUCAGUUCUUGUAUCAGGUGACAAACAAUUUAUCAAUGCAUCAGCAUCACAAUCAAUGAAUUUAGCAAAAGAUCAAGAGAGAAUUCAGUCUCGUGACGACGAUGAUGGUAUAUUUGUACAAGAAACUGGUUCAAGUACAAUAAAAAAUAAAAAAAUUGAUAUGGCAUUGUCAUUGGAAAAAGAUACACCAAAAAUAUCAGGUCAAAAGGAUAUUGACAUGUUUGAUUUGGGAAUGAGUUUACGUGAUGAAUUAAAAACUGCAGUUAUUGGUGAACAGUCACACGUUGAAUCAACUGAAAGAAAUGAAACAAAAAUGUAUCCAUCACGUGAAACAUCAUCACAAGAUUAUUCUCAAGCAUCUGAAACUCUUGAAGAACAUCAACAGCGAGUUUUUGAAGAACAUGAAGCAAGAAAUAUUGCUGAAAAUAUUGUACAACAAAUUGAAGAAGAAAUUGUAAAAAGGUCAGAAAGUUCUGAUGGAUUAAAUCAUAAAUUGCUUGAAUCAAGUACUGAAAAAAUUAAUGAUAAAAUUGACAAUGAACCUGAAGAUUAUGACGAUCAGUUGGCAGAUGAUUUAACUGAAAAAUUUGAAAAUUUAAUUGGAGGAAAAAGAAAAGAAAGUCAAGCACAAGUUAUAGAGAGUGUUGAACAAAUUCGACUGUCAUUAUUGGGCAACAAAGAUUUAUCAGAAAAUUCAAAUCGUGAAAGUUCAAGUAUCAGUGAUGAUUUAACAAAAGACGAAGAAAGUUUUCCAUCAUCAUCACUUGUUGAAUCGGAAAAACAAGAACAUCCAGUAAAAUUAAAAAUUGAAUUAUCCAGAGAUUCAUCUGCAGUGGAUUUAACAAAAGAUAAAAUAUCACCAAUACGAUUUGAAGCAUAUGAAAGUACAGGUGCUCGUGUUUUAGAAAUUAUUGAACCAAAAGAAAAUGCACGUCAAGAUUCAAUUGAUGUUUCAUCAAUUGAAAUUGACGAUCCAAAACAUCAUCGUGAAGAAGACGAUGAAGAUGAUUUAUCAUUAAGUGAACGUCAUUUACGUGAAAAUGAUUUUGGUAAACUUCAUGAGUCACAUGCAAUGAAUUCUCUUGAUAAAAUUGGUCAAGAUAGAGACUUGACAUUUAGUCCUAGUACAAUGUCUGACUCAUCACUUGCCCAUGAUCUUCGAAGUCUCAGUCCAAUAAUACAUUCAUCAAAAACUCUUCCUGAAUUUGUUGAAAGUGAUGACGCUGGUUUUUCAUCAAUGGAGCCAGAUAAAACACCUGAAAAAUUAUCUCAUUUAGAUACAAAAAGUAUUGAUAAAAAUAUAAUUCCAUCAAUUGUGUCACCAAAAAUUAAAGUUGCUGAACUUGAAAUAAAAACUGAUUGUGAUUGGACAAUUGGCAGUGAAAAAAUUGCAAUUAAUGAAUUUGUUGAACCAUCACUGGCAUUUGACAAAGAGCUUGAUGAUUAUCACUCCAGUAUAAUUAUGCAACAGAGUAUGUCAUCGUCACAUGAUGAAUCAGCAACGAGAUCAUCAGAAGACAUCAGUACAAUUGACUCAGUUAAAGAAUCUGAUAAUUAUGAAUCAGCCAGUAUAUCAACUCGUGUUAAUAUUAUACCACCACCAAAUGAAAGAGAAAUUGAGCAUGAAAUGGUUGAGGAUAAAUUGGAUAUAAGUUGUCAAGAAUUAGUGGCAACAUUGCAACGUGAAUACGAAGCUAAAACACCAACUGAUGAAAAAAUACCAGUAACACCGAGAAAAUUAUCUGAAAGUGAUUCAGAGCUUGAACUUGUUGAACAAAGUUUAGAGAAUGUUAAAAAAAUAAAAAUUUUACCAUCUAGUUUUGAUGAAAAAUCAUCUGAAUUAACUGAAAUGAUAUUUGAUUCAGGUAUUAAUGAAAAUAUUCAAAAUAUUAUUCCUGCUGCUGUUGAAGAAACAUAUGAAGAAGCAAUCAAAGAAAAAAAAGAAAAAGAAGAAAAAGAAAUUGAUACACAAGAAGAUUUAAAAAAUAAAUUACAUAAAGAUAAUGAAUUAAGUGGAAAAAAAAAAUAUUCUGAAAAAAAUCAAAAUCAGCUUAAAAAUGAAAUUUCAUUAAAAUUAAAAAAAGAAGAAAUAAAAAAUGUUGAUUUAAGUGCAAGAUAUGCAAUAACUGUACUUGAUGAAGUUGUUAAAAAAGAAAUUAAUGAAAUUAAAGAAUCACUUGAGGCAGCUAAACAAGAUCUCAUUGAAGAGCUGAGUGAAAAUAGUAAUACUAUUUUUCCAAUAAAAGAGUCACCAUCUGAAUUUCAAUUUAAAUUACAUCCAGAAACAAUUUCCAAUGAUUUACCAUUUUUAUACGAGGCUCCAUCAACACUUGAGCAUGACCAUGGACAAUUAUCAGAUUCACCAAUAGCCAAGCCACGUAUGAUAGAAAAAGAACAGUCAAAAAUUCAAAAAGAUAAAUUUUAUGAUGAUAAAGAGCAACAAGAAGAAGAGGAGGAAGACGAAGAAGAAGAAGAAGAAAUGGAAGAAGCACAAGAAGAAGGCUACGAAGAAGAUGAAGAAUCAGAAAAAAGUAGUAAAAUAAUUGAUCAUGUACCAGUACCAGCAAGUAGAUCAGGUUCAGAUCCUGACAAAGAUAAAGAAUCAAGUUCAUCAUUAUCAGUUCCACCAAAACCAGCACCAAGACGACGUCAAAAACCAUCAAGAGGUGUUAGAAAAUUAAAUACUGAUAUUAGCGAAGGUGGUGGCUCAAGUUCAGAGAGUAGUAAUUAUCAAUCAUGUGAUUAUGAUAUUGGUAGUGGUAGUAGACCAAGUUCAUCUGACAUUGAGGCACUUCAAUCAGCUGCUGGAUUAUUAUCAGGUACAGUAUCUGAAUACGAGACUGCAUUAAUGUCAAUUGAACAUUCUACAGCAUCACGACCAACAUCUCAAGAUUAUCAAAGUGCAAUGUCAACUUUGAGCUCACGUGAAUCAAUGAAAUCUUUAAAUUCAUUUAGUUCUGGUCGUCUUGGAAGUAUUGAUGCUACCAGUGAACAUACAGAUACACUUGUUGCAUCAGAAGCUGAAUUAGACAAAGAUGAAAUUGAUGAAAAUCUUGAAUUAGUACUUGAAAAUGAUGAUGAUGAUAAUAUUCCACUCGAUGGAUCAUUUGAAAAAAGUACUGAUGGUUUGCCACGAACAAUGAAACGAUCAUCUGAAAUGAUUUUUGAGCAACUCUCUGAAGAUCAGGAUUCUUCUUCUAUGGCUGGUCAAUUUGGUGGUUCAACAGAUGAUCAAUCAACCAAAGUAACAUCUAGUAUUAUUAUCAGUGAGGAUGAUGAUCUUAAAACUUCAACAGUCGAUAUAUUAUCCGAGGGAAUAAGUGGAAAAAUAAUUGAUUCAUCAUCAAGUGAAAUUAAAAUUAAACCAAUUGAAGCACAAUCAACUGGUGAUGAUAUUGAUGCAUCUGAAUUAAAAAUGACUUCGUUAACAACAGCAGAUGAUAAUGAGACAUUGUUAUUAACAAAAAGAUCAGUAUUACAACAAGCAAGUAUGUCAACAUCAUCAACAUCUGGUAUGUCAAUUGAAACUGUUAUUGAGAGAGAAAAAUUAGAUCGUAAUUCACCAGAUAGUGAUUCAUUUGAGCUUGUUGAUAAGCCAGAUAUCAUUGAUGAUUUUGUUGUUAUUGAAGAAGUAGGAAAAGAAGCUGAAGAAUUUGAUUCUGAGGGAAAAAGUAUAACAAUAAAAAAUGUACCAUAUGCAUCAAUGAAAAAAUAUGAUAAAGAUUUAGAAAAUUUAAUUGUUAUUAAACAAAAUGAUGAUUCACAAUUAUUACCAACAAAGCUAUCACGUAAUAAUGAUUUAUUUGAUUUUGAAUCAGAAGAAAGUCCACCACAAGUAUCAAAUGAUGAACAAUAUUCACAAUCAUUAUCUGACGAAGAACUUGAUCAUAAAAAAUGGAUGGAAAUGCAAUUUCAAGAACAAAGAAAUUAUGAAUUAGAAUAUGACAGAGGACCACUUGAAGAUAUUAAAGAAGAAGAAAUGGCUGAUUUUGAAGCUGGUAGUAGUCGUUUUGGUAGUCUUGGUAGUCACAAAGGUUCAAUUGGUAGUAGUGGUAGUAUGAAAGGUAGUUAUGGUGCUGAGUAUGAUGUACUUGCUGGUAAAAAACAAUUUUCACGUUCAAUUGAAAAUGAUAAUAUAUCAAUGAAUUCAUUGCAAGAAUUUGAAAAUAUGGAAUUUGCUAUUGUCGGUGAUAAUUGUAGAAAAUUACAAACAUGUGGAUCACAAGAUUCAGUUAAUAAUGGUGGUAGUUUACCAAGAAGAUAUAUUACAAGUCGUUCUGGUCAUGGUGAUGAUGUAUCAGUGUCAUCAUUAAAAGAUUUUGAAGGUUUAGAAAAAGCAUGUCGUGAAGCACAUAUUAUUGAAAUACGUGCAAAAGAAGAAGAAGAUUUACUUGAUCAUGAAAGUCCAGAAAAUCGUUUUAGAUUGGAAAAUUUAACAAGACCUAGAAUUAUAACAAAUGAUUCAAUAAUAACAGCGACAAGUACAAUUACAACAACUACAAUGACAACGACAACAAGUGUUACAUUUAAUCCAGGUACAUCAGGAUCAGAUGAUUAUGAAAAACGUAUUAUGGAAAUUGAUGAAAUAAUUAGAAUAGCACAGGCAAAUGUUGAAAAAUAUGAUAGACAAGAUGAUACAACAGAAGAUAUAUCACAAAUUGAAGUAACAGAUAUUGAUAAAAUUGAACCACCAUUUAAUAUUAAUUUACCAUUAGAAAGUGACAGUGAUUCAUUGAUUAAAAAUCGUGAUGUUAAUGCUAUGGAAACUAGUACUGAUUCACUUGAAGUUGAUGUUGAUGAUGAAAAAAAAAAUUUAAUGUGUAGAAGUACAGAUUCAUUGGAGCUAAAAACAACAAUUGAUUUUCCAUCAUUGAGUUAUUCAGAUUCACUUAAUAAUGUCAAAGAUGGACAAACAUCUGGAGGACAAUUUAAUAGCGAAAGAAGAAUAUCAUCUGAUUCAUUGGACAUGCAAGUUGUUGAUAGUAGUGGACAUGAUGAAAAUAUACAUGUUAAAAGUUCAAGUUCAACUGAAGUUGCUGUUAAAAAAAAUGGAAAAACAAUUUACACAACAACAACUGAUGCAUAAACAUAAAAAUAUAUAAAAAUAAAUUUAUACUUUUUAAAUGCAUAAUAGAUAAGACGUUUGAGUCAUCAGAAUCCAAGAUUACCCGAUGCUAUUAUGUUAUAAAUUAUAAUUAAAAAAAGAAGCUUUAUAUGUGAAAAAAGAAAAAUAAAAUAAAAUAUAUAUAUUAAAUUGAAAUAUCAGGGGGUAAAGUAUAUUUGCGGGGCUUGUUUAUCGUCAAGUACAAAUUGGAUUUAAAUAUGUAUGUUAUCUGUUAAUUCCAAUGUCACAGCAUGUCCAAACAAUGAUGAUAAAAAUAAAAAAAAAUAAAAAUAAAAUAGAUAAAUCAAUAAUCAUGAUGAUAAUUAUCCUAAUAAUAAUAAAAUAAUAUAUUAAUAACAAAUAAAUCAUGAUUUGUUAUGUCCAAGUAUUUGAUAACAAUGAUAACUGACAUGUCUCAUAUUAAUUUAACAAAAAAAAAAAAAAAUAUACAAAAAUUAAUAAAUAAAUUCAGGUAUAUUAAUAAUUAUUUAUUAUAAUUGUUUACUUGAUAAAUGUAUGUUUUUUUUUUAGCCAACUCCGAAGGUACAUUGAAGUGAAAAUUGUCCUUUUUUUUUUGGCUUAACUGUUUUAGACUUUUUACACGCAUUAUUACGUUGCAUUUGUAUAUUGAUAUUUUAAACGAAGCAAUUCAAUAUGUUUCUCUCUUUGUACUAUAAACAAUAAUAAAAAUAAUGAUUUAAUAAACAAUUAAAAAUAAA